CGACCGGUUCUCGUAAUCGUCCUUUUCUCUUGGUUCCCGCCCGAUAGGCUUCGCAGUUUUGUUCGAGCGAUUGAUCGUGACGGUUGGUUUGGGUGUGUGACGUAUUGUGUGACCGGUGUCUGGAAAAAAUUCAAGAAUGAAAGUGGCUCCGAAAGCAUGGAUGGUGUUGUGUCUGGUGAUCCUGCUCAUGCUGGUUGAUGACGCGAAUGCCCGGCGUGGACGUGCCCGAGGACGCACCAAAUCAAGGAUGCAAAUCGGUUUACCAAUUACAGGAAAGUACCGAGAUCCGGAGUCCGAUCAGUACUAUAACAAUAACAACGGUGCAAAAAUCACAUUGGCCUCGCACUUCGAUUAUGAAUACGUGCUGGGACACAAAAUAGCGUUUCUGUGCGUAGCUCGUGGCACCCCUCGGCCGACAAUCACGUGGUUCAAAGAUGGCGUGGAAAUCUUUAGCCAUCUCUACUUGCAUGUACAUGAGUGGUACAUCGGCAAGGAUAAGGUGAAAUCCAAGAUCGAGAUAGAUCCAGCAACACAGAUGGAUGCCGGAGUGUACGAGUGCACGGCGGACAAUAUGUACUCGAUCGACCGAAGGAGUUUUAAGACCGAUUUCUCGAUUGCAUUCGAUUGAUGCUCCUCACUAGAUGGACUGUGUUUUAGUGAUAACAGUAAUUCUAAGUUUAAGUUUAAGAUUUAGAUGAUGUAUUGAUUCGUAUUGCUUCCGUGUUGCCAAAGAAUGUUUUAAAGUUUAAGAAAAGAGCUUGAUGAAUCCACCAAAAUAGAUAUCAAUAGCAAACAA